AUGCUGACAGGAUCAUGGAAAGAGUUGUUUCCGUGGACUCGUCUCGAAGUCCACCAGCAUGAGCAGCCAAAAGGGCCGGAUUUCUGGAAAGACAUGCUGAUAGGGCCGCAGAGGUGCAGGAGAGUCUGGAGAGGGCCAUUGAAAACGCUUCAAGCAGGCUGGAGACCACUUAGCAGAAGGACGAUGGCACGUCGCAGACUGCGAGACGAUGUGACGGUUGCACUGUAUGUGUCGAAAGCCGUGUACAUGAGCAACGUGAUGCAAGAUCUGGGCUUGCUGACCGAGUUUGUAUCCCCGCCAUCGAAGAGGCAGACCGGUAUGGUGGAAACCAAGGAGGAUUGCGUGCGUGUCAACACCAGAAAGAAGAAACGAGUCAUUCCGCCAGAUGGCCUGAUGAAUGCCAUGGAGAUCAUUGAUGAGAGGGGCUUCAAGAUGCAGGCAGAAGCCAAGAGGGAAGUAAGCUGGCAAGACGAGACCCAGGACAAGACUAUCGAAUUGAAGUCUAUUGGAUGCCGGCAUGAUGUGUAA